AUGAAAAUCUACGUGGCUCUACUUCUUCUAACUCCCCCUGUUCUAGCCACAAUGGCCACUGAAAAUUGUGCUUCUGGCUGGACAAUGGUGAAAAGAGAGAUGGGAAAUUGGUGUAUUCAAGUGCUGCCGGGAACUAUCAAUGUGAAGCAGGCUGAUCAAAAAUGCCGGGAGCUAGGAGCAGUUUUGACGGGCGUCGAAAAUGAGGCCGAGAGACAAUUGAUUCAUGGUAGGGCUCUCUGGUUAGAGACGCAGAGUUCUCUCUGGUUGUCUGAACUCUAACCAUACAUAACUAGAAAACUCUGCGUCUCCAACCAUUAGUCAACUAAAGUCUAGUUCAGACAACCUAGAGAUUCAGAUGUUUAGUUAGAGACGCAGACAUCUAGAGAAAUGUCUGCGUCUCUAACCACCGAUAACUAGAGUAUAGUCUAAAGUGCGCAGACGAGCAGAGUUACAAUAUUUUAGUUAGUCUCUAAUCAAUUGUUAGAGCACAGACAACCAGAGUCUAUUUCUCUAACCAAAGUGAAUUGAAUCUCUGCGUCUCUAACCUUCACUAAUCAAUUGUUAGAGUACAGACAACUAGAGUUGGAAGGGACGCAGAGGAAUAGGUCUAUUCUCUCUUGUCAGAGACGCAGAGAGUUCAUGUCUGCUUCUCUAACCUCAGAGAUGCAAACUAUAGUCUAGUUAGAGCCAGUAUAAUCAGCUAGAGUCCAGACAACUAGAGUCUAGUUAAACCAAGCUCUGAUAAAACGCAAUCAGGCUAGAGUCCAGGCAGCUAGAAAUAAUUGUCUAUGCGUCUCUAACCAUCACAAACUAGAGUGUAGUUGAAUUAUAGGAAGCUAGAAAUCAGACAAGACCGAAGGCUUGCAAGGUCAGAGUGCAGAGUGCUAGAGUGUCACAACAUAAUAAACAACUCUGCGUCUCUGACCCCAACAAGAGUUCUCGCAAGGUCAGAGUCCAGACAUCUAGAGUUAGAGCCUGCGCCUCUAACCAAAGUUAGAGUUCAGACAGCGAGAGUCGUACAAAACUCUGCGUCUCUAACCAUCCGAGACUAGAGUGUAGUUAAUUUAUAGGAAGCUAGAAUUCAGCGUCUCUGACCAAAGGCUUGCAAGGUCAGAGUGCAGGCAGCUAGAGUUCCACAACAUAAUAAACAACUCUGCGUCUCUGACCCCGAAAAAGAGUUCUCGCAAGGUCAGAGUGCAGACAGCUAGAGAGUCAAAACUCUGCGUCUCUAACCACAUCUAGGGCAGAAUCCAGACAACAACCAAAAAACCCCCCUGGCUAUUUCCAGCGGCCGGUGUCAAAAUCCUGCGCUCCGUCAACCAAACCGAAGGUGCAAUCUGGUUGGGCGCCCGUCGCCGAACCGCCUGCCUCCACCCGAACACAAAUGCCACCGGCUGCGUGCCGUGGGUUCCAAACGCCUAUGAGUGGACCGACGGUUUCACGACGGGGCGCAAAAUGUUCCAAUUCCGACCGCGGCAACCGAAUUAUUGGAAGUGAGUGGGAUUUUGGGGGGCCGCCAAAAAAAAAAAAAAAAAAAAAAAAAAAAAUUUGGAAAAAUUUUCCAGCCACCAAGAUCGCAUUUACAUGGGAAUUGUUGAUGGGAAAAUCGGAAAACGUGGAUUUAAAAGCGGAGAAUUGGAAGAUGCGUUGGGUUCCGCAACGUUCAACAAGCAAGCGUAUUGGUGUCUACGCGGAUACGCGUGCGGAAAGAAACCCACUAUUACUAAUUAUAUUUGA